CUGACUUUUCUCUAUUCACAUUUGAGUUUUGAUGCCCAAUUUUUGCAUCAUCUUCACCCUCAUCCCUCACCUAGGGUUCAGAUCCCUCUCCCUUCUAUACCCCUCGCCGCACCGUCGCCGUCUCUUAUAACCGAUCUAAAUUCCUCCGCUGCCACUCCUUCUAUCGAUCUCCGUCUUCGACCGCUGCGAAGGAGGCGAAUCGAAGGAGACCACCGCACGACGCCACGACGCGAAUCAAAGGAGACCACCGCUUGACGCGAAUCGGAGACACCUGCACUCCCGGCCGCUGCGAAUCUCAACUACUAUCUGCCAAUCUGUCAGGUGCGUUUGAUUUUGCCGCCGAUUCCACGCGUACUUUGCCCUUCAAGCUGCGACCACCAUGAACCCCACCUCUGUGUUGCGUUUUUGCCUGUGAAGCCGCCAUCAAGGAUGGUAAGGGGAGGAAAAAUUAGUGGCAAAAGCAGCUUUAGGAAUAGGGCUCGGUCAAAGGAAGGUGGUUCCGAUGAUUCCGAUGAAGAUUAUGUGGUUUCAGACGAAGAUGAAGAAGUGUCCGAUUGUCCGGACGAAUAUAGCUCCUCUCUAGAUGGAUGUGCAACAGAGGAGAGUUAUGAUGCUUUUAUAGACGAGGAGGAAGAAGAUGAUGGAAUUCAACAAGUGAAGAAAUUCAAUAGAUCAGAGGCCAGGAAUGGUGUUUGUGGCCGACAGAAAAAUGCAAGUAAAAGCAGACGAAAGAGGGGAAGGAUUGCAUAUGCAAAACAUGAAGAUCAAGAAGCACAAGAAGAACAAGAACAAGAACAAGUAAAAGUAGAAGAUGGGGAUGGGGAUGGGGAUGGGGAUGGGGAUGGAGAUGGAUGUGGAGGUGGAAGUAGGGAGAAGGAGGGUGAGGAUGAUGAGGAUGAAGAUGAGGAUUUCAAAUAUGAUGAUUAUGAGGAGGACAAUGGCGAUGACGACGACGAUGAGGACUUUGAUUUUGAAGAUGAUGAUGAGGAAUUUUCACUAGAGGAAGGAGAUUACUUAGUAGAGGAAGAAGAAUCAAGGGGAAGAAAGAAGAAAAAUAACAACAUGAAAGUGCGCAAGAAGAUUUUGAAGAGAAAGGUUUCCGUGACUUCUACCAAACAUCGAAAGAGGAAGAAAUCUAGAGCUUCAAAUAAACCCUUGAAAAAGAAAAGAAGGAAUAGAGGGUUAAAGAGGAAAGUAAGAUGUGAUGAUGUGGAUGAUUUUAUUGAUAAUGGCCCAGCCAGCAGGACAAAAAGGAGGAAAGAAUUGGGUAGGCCAAGGAGAAUGCUUUUACCCGAGGAUUCCAAUUCCGAUGCAUAUGGUGCCUCUUCUGGUUCAUCUGAUUUCGAGUUUACUAUCUCCGAAGAAGAAAGAGAACAGGUCCGAGAAGCCCAAGAAUUGUGUCAAAGCUCUAGAAGGAAUUUGAGGAGUUCUUCCCAUUUAACCAAAAAUGAAGAGAUUGAGUUACAUGAAGAUCGACACCAACUAAGGAAGCCUCAUGGUCGAAAGGGUAAGGAAAAGAUAGAUGAAUCUCAAGGAAGAAAGGGUAAGGAAAAGGUAGAGGAUUUAAAAAAUGAGUUGGGAAAGCAGGUGUGCGGAAUUUGUUUGUCUGAGGAAAAUAAAAGAAAAAUAAGAGGAAUUCUAAAUUGUUGUACUCACUACUUUUGCUUUACCUGCAUUGUGGAGUGGGCAAAAGUGGAAACUCGGUGUCCUUUGUGUAAGCAGAGAUUCAGAACAAUUACUAAGCCUGCCAGAUCAACUGCAGGAGUUGAUUUUAGAGAAGUGGUAGUAGAAGUGCCUGAACGCGACCAGGUUUACCAGCCCACCGAAGAAGAACUCAGGAGCUAUAUUGAUCCAUAUGAGGAUGUUAUUUGUUCAGAGUGCCAUCAAGGUGGAGAUGAUGCCCUCAUGUUACUAUGUGAUAUCUGUGAUUCCCCUGCACACACAUAUUGUGUUGGUUUGGGUCGGGAAGUACCUGAAGGUAAUUGGUAUUGUGAUGGUUGCAGACCGGAUGCUUUGGCAUCUUCAAGCUCUCAAGUUCAAGAACGUCUGAUUGAUCCAAAUGUCCCAACUCAAAACUUGCCUGUUAGACCAUCAAUUGUUCUUAAUGAACGAGAAAGUAUAGACCUCAACAUGAUAUCUUCACCCCGGGCAUCUUUUAGUCAAGGAUUUGGGCAUAUUUCAUCUGCUAGAGUUUCUGGUAGAAGUGUUGAACUAGCUUCUCCAGGACCUGGAGGAGGGGCACCGACUUUAUCAGAAAGGCGCUGGAUACUCCGACAGAUUCACCAGCUACGUUCGGUAUCUGGCAGAACCAAUGGUACUUCAGCUACCAAUUCAACAAGUAACUUGUAUAACUCUCAAACCGAUCAAGGCAGGGAAACAAAUGCAACACAGCAUACAAGGGCACAGGAUGCGGGAACAUCGUACCUCCCAUUCUUAGACGAGAGAUUAUGCAACAAUAUGUCUCCAUCAAUGCAGAAUGCAGACCCCUCCUCAACGAGAAUUGGCAAUGCUAGAAGACCAGUGGUUCAGGAUUCAGCUAUGCUUGCCAACAGAUCUAUGCACGGUGUGCUAUUGCCCGUACUUGUGGCAACAACACCUUCCGUAUCUCGUUAUGAACAAGUUUAUCCGUUCAACAACAGCAUAGACGUGGUCACUGACAAUAGCUUACCCGUUGCUAUCAAAGAAGAGAGUAACUUCGAAACAAUAAAGCAGCAGUUGAAGUCUAUGGUUAAAAGACACCUGUGGAGCUUAUCUCGAGAUGUUGAUUUAGGGCAUAAUACUCUCAAGGACGUUGCAAGGAGUUCUAAACACACCGUACUAGCUGCAUGUGGUCUUGAGCACAAGAAGAGUGAGGUUCGGUCUGUGCCCGCACCAGAUGUCUGCCCCCACAUUGAACUAAUGGCAGGUGGACAAACUAGUUUGAUAAGAGGUUGCUGCUCAACUUGCUUUGAUUCUUUUGUAAAAAAUGUGGUAAAAAAUAUUUUGGACAGAAGAAUGUCCUCACAGUGGUUACGAUUAGGUCUCUAGGCGUAAUGUUAUUCUUAAAUUGUGUCCGGAGGCACACCAUUUUGUUAGGAGUCAAUAAUCACUCAUUUAUUUGUUUAUACCCAUACAUGAAUAUGAUUCACUAACUUUGAACAGAAA